GUCUCAAACCUCUAUAUAAACCCCUCCAUAAAUAUCUCUCUUCUCCACAGAGCUCCACACAACCAGCAAUGGCAGCCGCUUCAAUUUCAUCCUCUCUCCUCCUCCUUCUCAUCGCCGCGGCUCUCUCCUCCUCCCCAGCGCUCUCGCACACCUGCGAAUCGCAUCAAUUCUCUCACCGCAACCUCACAUACGCCAAUUGCACCGAUCUCCCCACGCUCAACGCCUCUCUCCACUACACCUACGACGCCGCCGCGCGGACGCUCUCCCUCGCCUUCACCGCCGCGCCUGCGUCGCCGCGCGGCUGGAUCGCCUGGGGACUCAAUCCGACCUCCACCGGCAUGGUCGGCGCGCAAUCGCUGGUCGCCUUCGCCGCGGCGAACGGAUCUGCGGUGGUGAACACGUACAACAUCACCUCCUACGGCCCGAUCUCGGAGUCGCCGAUCUCCUACGGCGUGCUGAGCAAGAGCGCGGAGUCGUCGUCGAGCGGCGGCGCGAUCACGAUAUUCGCGACGCUGGCGAUUCCGCAGGGGAGCGGCGCGGCGGUGAAUCAGAUCUGGCAGGUCGGAUCGGCGGUCGUCGGCGGCGUGCCGGCGAAGCACGCGUUCGCGGCGGAUAAUCUGGCGUCGAAGAGCACGCUACGGCUGGAUGGCGCCGCGCCUGCGCCGUCGCCCGGCGGUAAGGUUAAUGGAGGCGUGAGAAAUUGGGGGAAUGGAUUUGGAUUUGGAUUGUGUGGAAUUUGUGUGGUGAUUGGGGUUUCCAUAUUUGGAUUUUAAAUUUGGAUUAUUUGACAAUAUUAUUAUUUUUACA